AAUGUUAUGUUCUUCUUGUAGCUGAUGUUAAUCUCACGUCGGUAUGAGCAAGUAUGAGGUUUGAAUUCGAUGCAAUACAGAGAGUGAGGAGUUUUCUGAAAUUUUCAAUCUGAAUUGAUGAUACAGGCAGAGUUGAACAAUGACUGCUCAACCAAAGAAGAGGAGUGUAGUCGACAGUGGAGAAGGAGGUCUAGGUUUGGGCAUUGCUGCAUUUAUCGCUAAUGGUGAAGAUUUGGGUCCCAUCAUUCGUCAUUCGUUCGAGUCUGGGAAACCUGAAGCUCUCAUGCAUAACCUCAGAAGCAUUGUAAAGAAGAAGGAAGUUGAGAUAGAAGAGCUAUGUAGACUUCACUAUGAGGAAUUCAUCCUUGCAGUCGAUGAACUGCGCGGUGUGUUGGUUGAUGCUGAUGAGCUAAAGAGCAUGCUAUCUGGUGAGAAUUCUCACCUGCAAGAGGUAGCUACUGCCCUACUGUUGAAGCUUGAUGAACUUCUUGAGUUAUAUGCUGUCAAGAAAAACGUAGGGGAGGCCAUAACAACACUGAAGAUAUGUGUGAAGGUCGUCAGCUUGUGCAUGACGUGCAACAAUUAUAUUGUGGAAGCUAAGUUUCAUCCUGCACUCAAGACUUUGGACCUGAUUCAGAAGGGCUACUUGCAAAAUAUUCCUUUGAAGCUUCUUAAGAAGGUGGUGAGAAGACAGAUACCAUUGAUAAAGCUGCACAUUGAGAAGAAAGUUUGUAGCGAGUUCAAUGAUUGGCUUGUUCUUAUCAGAAGAAUGGCCAAGCAGAUUGGCCAGGUCUCCAUAAGCCAGGCCUCAUUAGCUCGCCAAAAAGAUGAGGAAAUGCGUGCCCGGCAGAGAGAGGCUGAAGGGCACAGCCAUGCCGGACCAGAUGAACAUCUGUAUACCUUGGAUCUGGAGAAUACAGAAGAGGAAUCAGCACUAGAUUUUGAUCUCACACCAGUGUACCGGGCGCAUCACAUGCACAUAUGUCUUGGUAUUGGGGAGAAGUUCAAAGAUUAUUACUACAAGAACAGGCUCAUGCAACUCAACUUGGACAUGCAAAUUUCUACUUCACAGUCCUUCCUGGAGUCCCAUCAACCCUUCCUUGCUCAGGUAGCUGGAUUUUUUAUAGUUGAAGAACGUGUCCUUCGAACUGCAGAUGGAUUGCUGUCUGAGAGCCAAGUGGAAACAACAUGGGAGACGGCUAUUGCCAAGAUCACAUCUAUAUUGGAGGAGCAGUUCUCUCGCAUGCGUACAGCCAGCCACUUCCUCCUCAUAAAAGACUAUGUCACUCUUCUAGGCGCAGCCGUGAAGAAGUACGGUUACCAAAUAACACAGUUAAUUGAAGUUCUUGAGAAAAGCAGGGACAAAUACCACCAGUUGCUUCUUCUUGAAUGUCGAAAGCAGAUAGAUGACAUCUUUACUAAUGACUCGUAUGAGCAGAUGAUUAUAAAGAAGGAAUACGAGUAUAACAUGAAUGUGACAGCGUUUCAUCUGGAACCCGAUGGCGCGAUACCUGAUUUUCCAUAUGUGGCGCCAUUCUCUGCUUCUGUUCCAGAUGUUUGUCGCAUCGUCCGGUCCUUCAUCGAGGAUUCCGUCAGCUAUUUGUCAUACGGUGGUCUCAUGAACAUCUAUGAUGUGGUGAAAGCAUACCUAGACAGGCUGUUGAUUGAGGUCUUAAACGACAGUCUUCUGAACAUGAUCUAUGCUCGCUCUUUGGCCAUGUCACAGAUGAUGCAACUCGCUGGAAACAUUUCUGUUCUCGAGCAAGCGUGUGAUAUGUACCUCUUGCACUCUGCUCAGCUGUGUGGCAUCCCGAAUCGUAUUGCUGAGAGGUGUCAUUCUGGUUUGACUGCUCGCGCUGUCUUGAAAGCCUCACAGAAUGCGGUGUAUAAUGCUCUAAUAAACCUGGUCAAUUCCAAGGUCGAUGAGUUUAUGGUGCUCUUGGACAAUGUCAACUGGAUAGCAGAGGAAGCCCCGGACAAUGCAAACGACUAUAUGAAUGAGGUCCUUAUCUAUCUCGAAACACUAGUAUCAACAGCCCAGGAGAUCCUACCCUUAGAAGCUCUAUACAAGGUUGUUUCCGGUGCAAUGAGCCAUAUCUCAGACUCCAUAAUGACAGCACUUCUUAACGACGGUGUGAAGAGGUUCACUGUUAAUGCAGUUCUAGGUAUCGAUAUCGACUUGAAGAUGUUGGAGGCAUUUGCAGACGAGAAAUUUGAUAGCACGGGGUUGUCAGUUUUGGGAAAAGAAACGACUUUCAGAGAUCGUUUGGUUGAAAUAAGGCAGCUGGUCAACCUCCUGCUCAGUAGCCAGCCUGAGAAUUUCAUGAAUCCGGUGAUAAGGCAGAGGAACUAUGGAUCACUGGACUACAAGAAGGUUGCCAUCGUUUGUGACAAGUACAAAGAUUCGGCAGACAGUCUUUUUGGGAGCCUUUCGAACCGCAACACGAAGCAGAAUGCUCGCAAGAGGUCCAUGGAUGUAUUGAAGAGAAGACUUAAGGAUUUUAGUUAAGGUUAGGCUUGUUGCAUUUCCAAACAAAAUUGCUGGCGCUAGUAAGUAUCUAUUUCUAUUUGUGAUUUAUAGCAGCACUCGCAAAUAAGGGGUCAAAUUUCUACAGCACAGAUGCUGAUAA